AGGAGGAUCUCUGUUGUCAGCAACUGCGAGACUGAGAGACCCCCCCACGGGAUGUGACGCGAUAGGCCCUCUCCCUGCUCUAUGAUUGAUGUGUGGCACGUGCCUUAGGGGCGUAGACGAAGCACAUAGGUUAUAUAAGCUAGAGUUCACGUGUAAUAAACGCCAUUUUGCUGUUCAUCAUAUUGGUGUGUGCGUGCAGUCAUUUGGUCCUGGCCUGGUUUUAGGUCAGUACCGCAGGAGGCAAUGCAACAUUGGUGCCCCGUGUGAGGAACCAGUGCGGAACCCACUUGUGAGGAUCCCCCUUGCAUGAGAAGCCAACUUGCGUUAAAGUCUCCUGCGUGCCUGCGGAAUUUCCAAUGCCGUAAUGAGGUAAUUACGGGUUGGCCGUGGAAGACCGUGGUGUUGCGGUAUUUCACCUAAGGGCGUGCCUGCAGCAGCUGGCUGCUGUGGAAGUUCGAGGGUGGGGAUAGCCUGUGGUUGGUGGCAGGUCGCUCUCGAAUUCGGGACAUCAGUGCCGCGCUGGUGAUGGAUCAAGUUAUUAAGUUGGUCCUUCAGUUCUGUAAGGACUAUCACAGCAGGAAUGCCCCUUCUAAGAAGGACAUUUCAGUUGUACUUAUUCGCCUGGAAAAGGAGUGGAAUCUUCCCUCCUCUCAGGACAUUUUAGAUCCUGAUAAAUGGGAUCAGUUUACAUCCACGCUUGCACAGCGUGCGAUAGAGGAGCAAAAAGCAGCGGAGCUAAAAAUCUGGGGGUUAAUUCUUGGGGCUCUUAAAGCCGCUAGAGAAGAAGAUAGAAUUCCUGAGGCUGCGCGCGUUACGAUAGGUUUGGAAUUUACUAACACCGAGAGAAGUGGCGCGGGAAGCGUACUUUCUUGCAGGUCCCCUGAGGAAGAGAACGCCGCAGAUAUGCCCUCAGCUAUGGCGACUAACAUCUCGUCCGCACCUUCGGCACCCCCCUUCGCUCCCCCCUCGGCUUCAGCUUCGCAUAAACAAGUAGAAGAAGACUGCGCUGAACUGUCUGCACUUUUAUCAUGCAACACCGGCCAAGUGCAGGAAUGCAAGGUCGUUGAAACUCCCCAGCCGUAUCCACGACAACCGCUGUAUCCUUCUCUGUGUAAUCUAAUACCACCUGCGGGGGCAGGGAAAGAAGUGAGCUGGGAUGGGACACUUGCUGUCUCUUCUCUGGAGGUGGAUUGCAGUAACACCCAGAGGGGUAUGGACUGCGGGCAAGGCUCGGGUACGGAUUGGUCAAAAGUUAGAGAGGCGGUAGAAGAAAAAACAGCAGAGAGAAAGGGAAGCGAUGUAACUUACAGGCACUCGGAUGAUAACGUCCGGCCAGCACUGUCCACCCUGAUCGCGCCUGAAGGAGUAGGUGGCGUGUGGGCAGCGCUGUCUGCUCAGGUUGCACCCGUAGGAGAAAGACAAAAUGACGAGAGUCUCCGGACCCACUCCCUACCACAGCAUUCAGACCCACUGAUUCGACCCACACAUCCUUUUACAAGAUUGAGUGUGUAUGCAACCAAUCAGAAGCCUCUACAACAGUCAGUGCAUGAUCAAAGGGAGAUGGGUCUGAGGGGAGGGGUGCGGAGCCCGCAGCUUCCAGCUGUGACUGAAAAGGAUAGUGAAAGGAGAGAGGUGAAUUUGCAUUUAGGAGUUAAGAGAGAUGCACUAACAGAUUGUGGAAAGUUUAGAUCUAGCCUGAUAGAGGAAGGAAAAGUACUGGAGAUCUUCCUGGUAGUAGGGAACAGUAACAGAAUCCCAGAAGGGGUACCCCUCAAUCUGAAAGACAUCACACACCUGAUAGAUUGUGUAGAGAAACAGGGAUUGAAAUCACUCCUUGCUUUAAAUGCAUUAGAAGUCCUGACAGCAUCAGGUCUUCUCUUUCCUCGUGAUGUAAUGAAUCUGAUGCGCAUGGUUUUUAAGCCAGUGCAGUAUACAUUGUGGGCAUCAGAAUGGGUUCCCUUCAGGGACAGGUGGCCAGAUUGAGGCCUGGAGAACAAGCAACAAGAAUUUGCUUGUGAGAGCAAUGCUCUCAAGGCUUGAGACAUCUGCCUUGAUAUUGAAUAGAAUGUUUGUCAUUUUUGAGGUACAUUCCAACAGGUACC